AUGGCUCGGGCACGCAAGACCCGUCUUCACCGAGCGGAGUGCCAGCCAGAGCAGCGGGAGUUCUUCGAGCAGUACGAGCUCGAGCAACAGUACAAAUUCCAACCGCCACGCCGCCACGACCAGGAAUUCCAGCAGCCAGCCGAUAACCACAAUCCCAUCCAGCGCUUCGAAAUCCUCAAAAGCACGCCAGUGGGGCUUAUUUUCCCGCAGAAUGUCCAGUACCAGCUGAGACGCUUAGAUCCUGAAUCAAGCUUCGUGGAGCAACCCAACACCACCUCGGAUUUUGUCAGCAACGACCUGAAAUGGUGGAAACAAAAGUAUCUCCUGCCCCCAACAGUGAAGAUUUUUGCGUCGCGACUCGGUUCAACGACGAACCAACAGACGACGGAGAUUUCUCAUCAGGGCACGCUGUCUAGGCAGAAUCGAAAAUCCAAGAUCAGCGAGUUUGAGAAAUGUCAGCCUCCAGCCACAGAUCCAUACCCAUUUGCCGUCAUCAAAUACCCCGGAUGGCAAGGGGUGACGCAGUUUACCAUCGACCUGACACUCUAUCACAUGACCGAGUUGAUGCACUACGAUCCGGCCACAGUUUCUGAGCCCGCGACCCAUCUGCGUACAUGCUGGAGGAUUAAACGACUGGGGUUCUCACGACAAUAUAUUAUCAGUCCCGUGCCCAGUAGUUCUUCAACUCCAAUUCUGAAAUGGCGAUCCUCAAAGACCAUCCUGGAUAUCCCCGAAUUACAAGAUGGUUACCCCAAAGCUAAUGGGAACCUCAAACUCGAGGAUGCGGAUGCUAACCUGAUCGCUGUGUACAAACAACGACGAGACUGGGAUGUCCUUGGCAGUAUCACAGUUUUCACCGACCGAUUAAGAGAUGGCGCGACAGUCGAGCUUGUGUUUGCUUCAUGUCUGGGCAUUGUCACUUACGAGCGGAUAGGCUGGCAGAAUGGGUUUGGGUAUUGA